ACACACACACACACACAAAGCAACAAAUAAAAAAAAUUGCUUUUAUUAGAAGUCAAUUUGCUUUUUUGACACAAAAACAAAAAGCAUUAAAAUUACACUACCUUCUAUAGAUUUCCCAUCACAGCAUUUUGUAACGACCGGUAUGUGGUAUGCUUUGCCUUAAAGAAAAGGACUGAUGAUCCUUGUGUGUGUGUGUGUGUAUAUAUAGAGCUCACAAUCAUGGAUUAUUUAACGAGCAAAGUUCAGUCGAACACAUUACUGUACGAAAUGGCGUACCUUUUGAAAACUCUUGGCCUGUGCUUGUGGCUCUACUUAGCCAGCCGUGGUUUUACAGGAGCAUUUUCUCAAAGCCCGGCCUUUGUUAAUGGAACAGUAACUAUUGAUGGAGGCUCGACUAUUGGAACAAUAGACGAUGAUUUCAUUUGCGCCACUAUCGACUGGUGGCCUCCAUCUAAAUGCGAUUAUGGGACUUGCAGUUGGGGAAGAUCUUCUCUUCUGAAUCUGGUUUGUGUCAAUGCAGCUUUUUCUCCCUUGAAAAUAAGACUUGGUGGGACUUUGCAAGACAAAGUCAGAUACCAAAUUAAGGGUGAUCCAAAGCCAUGUUUGCAGUUUGUUCGCAAUAGCUCAGAGAUGCUCGGAUUCACGGAAGGCUGCUUGCCUGUGUAUCGAUGGGACGAAUUGAAUUAUUUCUUCAAAAUAACAGGAGCCAAAAUUAUUUUCGGUCUAAACGCAUUAACCGGCCGAAAAAUUCAACGAAACGGCACUGCCACUGGUGCUUGGAAUUCGAGCAACUCAGAGUAUCUAAUAAGGCACACGGUCGAUAACGGCUACACUAUCCACGGCUGGGAGCUUGGAAAUGAGCUGAGUGGCAAAGGAAUAGGAGCAAGUAUUGCAGCAGAUCAAUAUGCAUCUGAUGUGAUAAAUCUUCAAAAGAUAGUACAAGAGAUUUAUAAGGAUUUUGAAACUAAACCAUUAGUACUUGGACCUGGGGGAUUUUUUGAUGCAGUUUGGUUUGGAAAAUUUGUGAAAGGUGCAUCAAGCUCUCUUCAAGUGGUCACACAUCACAUCUACAACCUUGGUCCAGGUGUGGAUAGUCACCUUGUGGAGAAGAUAUUGGACCCAUCAUACCUCAAUGGUGAAGCACAGACCUUCAAGAAUCUGCAGAAUAUUGUGAAAACUGCAGGAAAUUCGACUGUUGCAUGGGUCGGUGAGGCUGGAGGAGCUUACAACAGUGGCCACAACAACGUCUCAAAUGCAUUUGUGUAUAGCUUUUGGUACCUCGAUCAGCUGGGGAUGGCUUCUUCUUACGACACAAAAACGUACUGCAGACAGUCGCUCAUCGGUGGAAACUAUGGCUUGCUCGAUACCAACACUUAUGUCCCAAAUCCUGAUUACUACAGUGCGCUACUUUGGCACCGACUGAUGGGAAGAAACGUACUAUCGACGAGCUUUAAUGGGACAAACAAGAUACGCGCAUAUGCACACUGUUCAAAAAAUUCAGUUGGAAUCACAUUGCUAUUGAUCAACCUGGAUAACCAUACAACAGUUCAAGUCGAUCUUUCGAUUGGAAAUGUCAUCCCAAACAAGACAUUGACACAAGUACAAAUUAUUCAGCAAAGUGGGAAAACAGAAUUCCGUGGAGCAUACAAAAACGAGACGAGAUAUAGUUGGAUGUGGAGAGACGAGUACCAUCUAACAGCUGGAAAUGGCGAUUUACACAGCCGAACAAUGCGGCUGAAUGGGGCAAUACUGUCCGUGAAUUCAUUCGGUCUGAUACCUCAAUUGGAACCUAAACGGGUGAAUGCUUUGGAGCCGAUCACGGUCGCUCCUUUGUCAAUAUUAUUUGUUCAGAUACCCUCCUAUCAAGUUCCGGCUUGUAAUUGA